AUGUUAGGCACACCGUACCGGAGUUUUGCUGAGGCAGUAUCUUAUGCCUUGGACAUUGAGUCGGACUCACCUGCCGGAUUUCACCCUAGGGAUCCUGGUGGCCCUAGCCAGGGUCCAUCUAAGAGGGCUACUUCCACAUCCGGUUCUGGUUCUUCAGUUGGUAGUGUAAAGAGCAGUGGUUCCAGUUCCAGGUCCCGUACUAGAUCCAGGGGACGUUUCAGGAGAUUCUCUCGGGGUCAGUUUAGUGGACGACAGUCUGGGCAGCUUGAGAGGUCCAGGAGUUAUCAUGGUGGUUCGAGUGGGGCUUCGACUAGCCAGUCAGCUCAGUUUGGGCAGCAUCAGACAGUGGGAUGUUUUAUGUGUGGUCAGCAGGACCACUUCAGGAGAGACUGCCCUUUUUUGGCUCAGGGAGCCAGAUCUACCCCCACUCAGACUGUUGGUCAGUCCUCUGCUGGCGGAUCGACUAGCGGUGCCCGCACCAGCUCGGUAGGCUGA